UGAGCUUUUCUUAGGAUCCCGAGGAUUUCGAAGAAUCGUGUGAUUUCGUCAUACACUUACGUGCAACACCGCUCGGUCCAGGUUGCGUAACUCGGCAAUGAAACGGCAAACUAUCUCGACGUUUUGAAAUGGCUUACACAUGCACGGCUUGCGGGCGUAACCGGCCAGCUUUCCCAUACCCACGAAUAAGCGUGCUACGUCGUGUCCACGCGAAUCCACGCCAUGAAGCGAAUUGUAAACAUCCGCCCAUGGUGUAUAAUAUUCACAUAAAACUUGCGCAACAUUAGGCGGCUACCGUUGUAUAAAAUAGGUGUCCAUGGGAAGAUACCUUCAGUAAAACAGACAGAAGCCGUCCGAGAAGUGAUUUCAUUAUGAGUUACUAUUUGUGUCUCUCUCUACUAAUAAUCGCCGUUUGCGAGGCGGGUGUAAUAACAAAUGUGGAUCACUCGCAUCACGCGGUUUAUCAUGGACAUGGCGCUACCAGUUAUCAAAAUAUGCAGGUUGAUAAUCACGAUACCAUAGUAGUUCCUGCAAAUUACGGAGAUCUUGCUGAAAUCCAUGAAACUUUGGAGCACCAUCACGAGCCCGUCAUUCCAAUCGUGGAGUCUCACGAUGACAUAAGUCACAUCGAUAUUUCUCAUUCGGCUCCAUAUGAAGAAUUUACUGUUGCUGACGUUAAACUGAAAUCUGAUAUACUCGAGCAUUACAUUGAUCACGGCCAUGAGAAACAUCAUUAUGAUUUUGAUCAUAUAUAAAAAUAAAUUAGAAAAAAUAUUGUAUUCAAAUAAUUAAAAUGCAAUCUUUUUCUGUAUAAUUAAUUUAGACAAUUAAAUCAAAAUUGAUUGAAAGUUUCUCAGAUAUCUAACAGACUCGUUAGGUUGCCAAAGAAAAUAAACUAAUUUUGCAAGUUUUGUAAAAUGUUCUUAUAAUACUUGUUGUAGUAUAAUUGUAAUAAUACUAUUUUUAUCGACAUACGAGAAAAUGAAUACCCGCAAUAGGCGUAAAUAAUUGCGAACGUUGAUUUGUGUAAUUUUUUUUAUUUCGUCCUUUAUAUCCAAUAUAGAUAUAUAUGUAUAUAUAGGAUGAUAUAAUAAUUUAUGUAAAUAACAUUACGUUAUAAUGAAAACAACAACGUGAUAAUCA